AUGGCAUUUGAUUCUGUGCUUUUGGUGGGAGGAGCAGGGUUUUUGGGACUGCAUUUGAUCGAGCAGUUCUGGCAGCUUGAAAACAGGCCUCAGAUCCACGUGUUCGACGUGCGGCCGCUGCCCGAAAAAAUCUCCCAGUACUUCACCUUCGACCCGGCCCAGAUCGACGUGUUUGUGGGAGACCUGACCUCCGAAAAGGACGUCAAGGACGCUAUCGACCGGUUCCAGCCACAAGUCAUUGUGCACUCGGCGUCCCCAAUGCACGGCCUCGCCCAAGAGGUGUACGAAAAGGUCAACGUGCGUGGCACUGCCAACCUGCUCCACUGCGCCAAGCAGAAAAAGGUGCCUGCCCUGGUGUACACCUCGUCGGCCGGCGUGAUCUUCGACGGACACGAUAUCUACAACGCGGACGAGAGAUGGCCGAUUCCGGAGGUCCCAAUGGACGGCUACAACGAAACGAAAGCCAUUGCCGAGAAACUGGUGAUGGAGGCCAAUUCGCCAGAAGAACACUUCUACACCGUUUGUCUGCGGCCGGCGGGCAUCUUUGGACCGGGCGACCGCCAGCUCGUCCCUGGUCUACGCCAGGUGCUGCGCAGGGGCCAGACCAAGUUCCAGGUCGGCGACAACAACAACCUGUUUGACUGGAGCUACGCCGGCAACGUUGCCGACGCACACGUUUUGGCGGCGCAAAAAUUGCUGGACCCGGAGUCUGCGGCCGUUGUGGGCGGCGAGACGUUUUUCGUGACGAACGACGCCCCGACGUAUUUCUGGACGCUCGCCAGAACCGUGUGGAAGGCCGACGGCCACAUCGACAAGAAAAAUAUUGUUUUGAGCCGGCCGGUGGCCAUUGCCAUUGGCUAUGUGUCGGAGCUCGUGUGCGGCCUGAUUGGCAAGGAGCCCGGUCUCACGCCGUUCCGUGUCAAAAUGGCCUGUGCCAACAGAUACCACAAUAUAUCCAAGGCCAAGGAGCUGCUUGGCUACAGGCCCAAGGUCAGUCUUGCCGACGGCAUCAAGUACACGCUGGACUGGAUGGACGAGACCAAAGCAUAA